CUACUAAGCUGAUGUUGUGUUUGAACUAUGGGCCAAAUAUCCUCAGGUCUCAGGUUCAAAUUCUAGCGGAGGCUAAAACAUGGGGUGUUCUUUUUUAUCUUUGUGAAUAGAAUCACCCGAUACCUGUAUUGGCGGGAGAUAGCAGAUACGUUGUGCAAUUGGAGAUCAGGGUUCGAGCCGUGGAAGCCAUGGAAACAGUCUCUUGCUGAAAUGCAAGAACUUUCACUUGCGGAUAUGGAAUGUUAUGAGGGGCCACGAAUAUGUGAUAUUGCCAAGUUUUUUGAGUCUUUUCCUGCUCUCGAGCAUCUCAGGUUGAAUCACAAUAUUUUGAUGUACUUGGCUGCAGGAGGGGAUCUUCCGAUAAGGCUACCGUUUGAUCUUAACUGCAUCAAAUGUCUUUGCCUAGCUGAUUUUUAUCUGGAUGAAUUGGAUGUGGUCUCAUGUGCUCUUUGCUUGAUAAGAAGCUUCCCAUUUUUACGGUAUUUGGAAAUCCAGGUGGAUGAUUUAAAUGAUGAUAUUCCAGCACUAGAAUGUCUUGAAGUGGAAGCUUUCUCAAAUGCGACAUUUAAUAACCUCCGGGAAGUUCAGCUAACAAGUAUUAUAGGCUCAAAGCCUGAGAUGCAGCUUAUCAAACUUCUAUUAGCCAAGUCUCCUAUGCUGGUGAGAAUGCUAGUCGAGCCAUAUCUAGAAGUUGAUGACGCAGACAAACUCAAAAUCUCCGAUGUGCUAAACUCGUUUCGGCGCGCAUCCCCUGAAGUAGAAGUUGUUUAUACUUGUUAAGGUGACUAGUUUGUCUCUUUAUGAAUUUCUUUUUACAAUGGUAAGGAAUUUUACAUUUAAUGCAUGUUUUUGCUAAUUUAUGCAAUGAGAAUUCGACAUGAAUUAUUAUGUGGUUGCUUAUUUCAAAGAGUUGCUCUAUGUUAAUCCUCACCU